AUGAAGAGCUCUUCUAUCCUCGCGCUCGCCGGGUUGCUGACCUCCGUGGCCGGCCAUGGCUAUCUCACUAUCCCAUCUAGCAGAACCCGACUAGGGUUUGAGGCUGGUAUCGACACAUGCCCCGAGUGUGCUAUCCUCGAGCCUGUUACCGCAUGGCCAGAUCUCGAGGAGGCCCAGGUUGGCCGCUCCGGACCAUGCGGAUAUAAUGCCAGGGUGAGUGUCGACUACAAUCAGCCCAGCGACAACUGGGGUAACUCGGUCGUCGCGACCUACACGGCUGGGGACACCAUCGAAGUGCAAUGGUGUGUCGACCACAACGGUGACCACGGCGGCAUGUUCACCUACGGUAUCUGCACGAACCAAACACUCGUCGACCUCUUCCUUGACCCGGAUUAUCUGCCGACCAACGACGAAAAGCAAGCUGCUGAGGACUGCUUCCUGGCGGGUGAGCUGAAGUGCACCGACGUGAGCGGCCAGACGUGCGGCUACAACCCCGACUGCACGUCGGACCAGGCCUGUUAUCGCAACGACUGGUUCACAUGCAAUGCGUUCAACGCAGACACGAACCGCGGCUGUGAGGGGGUGGACGGAGCAGCGCUGAAUUCCUGCACGACCACAAUCGCAGGCGGAUACACUGUGACCAAAAAGAUUAAGCUUCCCAACUACUCCUCCGACCAUACCCUGCUUCGAUGGAGAUGGAACAGCUACCAGACCGCGCAGGUCUAUCUCGGGUGCGCCGAUAUCGCCAUCACCGGCGGGUCAGGCUCCGGCUCCUCCAGCUCGUCAUCAUCUUCGAGCAGCAGCACCAGUAGCACGACUAGCAAGACUAGCAGCACGACUACGAAGACCUCCAGCACAACUACUUCCGCGACCUGCACCGCCGCUACCAGCGUUGCGGUCACCUUCAACGAGCUGGUCACGACGACAUACGGCGAGAAUAUUUUCCUGACCGGAUCGAUCAGCCAGCUGAGCUCGUGGGACACCUCCUCCGCAAUCGCACUCUCGGCCUCCUCGUACACCUCCUCCAACCCCCUGUGGACAACCACGGUCACGCUCCCCGCUGGCACGACUUUCGAGUACAAGUUCAUUAAGAAGGAGUCCGACGGGACGGUGGUAUGGGAGAGCGAUCCGAACCGGUCGUACACUGUGCCGACCGGCUGCGCGACUGCGGCAACGACACAGUAG